UUCAUUACCAUCAAGUUUUGUCCAACAAUUUCUCCAAUAUUAUUGCAAGGGAAUUUCUCAUCAAGGAAUCUCCAAGACCCUUUGCAUUUGUUGCAGCUUUUAUACGAUUUGGUUUGGUUUGGACCGAAAAAUACAAGAAGUGGUAUUUGGUGUAACCUUUGGGAUAUGAUUUCAACUCUGAAUAUUGAUUUCUCGAUCAUCCCUAAAAAAAUUAUAGAUUUAGUUAUUAAAAUGUUGCAAGUUCUUGGAAUUUCAAUCUCUUUCCAAUUGGCAGACGAAAAGGCAGAUUUGACUCUAACAGCACCAGAAUUGUCUAGUGUCAAGAUUAAGUUCUUUCACAUUUUUCUUGGCAUUAACCAUAUAUAUUUUGACCCAAAGGAUGCAAGUCUGCACCUUCCAGUCCUUACACUCAAUGUUAAUUCAGAAGUUAUAAUCAGAAACUUACUCGCAUAUGAAGCUAUGGUAAUGCCAGAGACUCGAAAUUUUGCACGUUACAUCGAACUGAUGGCUACAAUGAUUCAUACUACUGAAGAUGUAGAGCUGCUCAAGAAUGAGAGAUUUGUGAUUUAUGAAGGAGAUAGUGUUGAGGUUGUGAAGCUUUUUGAUGGGAUAAGAAAUUCCAUUGUGUCUGAAGGUGAGUCAGAAUUAGAUUGCGUGAUCAAAGAAAUCAAUAAGUAUUACAGAAAUAAUUGGAAGAUAAAGUUAAAGAAACUCAUGAAGAGGUAUGUGUAUUCUUCGUUGAAGAUACUAACAGUUGUUGCUACCAUCUUGCUUUUGCUGCCGAUGGCUCUGCAGACUUUCUGCUCAAUCUACAGUUGUACUUAUAUAUUUAGGGCAAGCAAGACAUGUCUGAGCUUGGCUUUUAGCCUUUAGUUAUGGUUUGGAGAUUGUUAUUUUGUGUCACCUUCAAGCACUGCUUGAACUUUUAUGACUUUUAGAGUACCAAUUCCAUUCUUAGAGUAAAAACAUUGCUAUAUAAUUCAACCGCACAUGAACAUGAGCGGACGAAAGAGCCAGAAUAUAACUUUCAUAUAUAAUUUAACCAAAACUAAAGGAUGUUUAACAAAGCAUAAACCGGUAAUCCCUACUAAUAUCCUCACAGAAAACCUACACAUAUUAGAGCAAUCCAUACCGGAAACUCUAUCCACCAAUAAAA